CUUUAUCAUUUUUCUUCUCAUUUCCAAAAUCCAAAGCAUUAAUCCGAAAAUAAAGGAAAAACCGCAUAACAUCACGCACAUCACCAAAUCUGAAAUCUGAAAUGAGAAACCUCGUAACCGUAACAGAAGAAAUCCAAAACCGAAGAGUAUGGCAGAAACCCGUGGUUCAGGUAUACUGAAUCCGAAAUUGGAGACCGCAAUCAAAAGAGUCAAUUAAUCAAUAGUGAUGGAUGCUCCAUUCUUACACUGGUAUCAAGGUUCAAAUGAUGUCCAACACAAGCCAGUUUCAUCAUUGAUAGUGAAAGUUCAUCACAAUGAUAGCUUCUUUCAACAGCCACCAAGAAAUCCUAGCGGAAAUGCAAGCCACCAUGCAAGCAACCGUCCAAACGAUCAAGCAACAACAACAAAACAACAAAUAUCAGAAGGGAGUAGAGAUUGAAGACUCUCAACCCCUCUCAGUUAAUGAAGACAUUAUAGUCAUUGUCCUCAACAUUCUUAAUAACAAUGGUGACCUCAAAAUAUACAACCAAGCUUAUAUUUGCUUGAUCCCUAAGAAGAAUGAUAGCCUACUUUUUGACAGAGCAGAUGAAAGUGAAGCUAAAAGUCUUUUUAACUUCAUCAAUACUUACAAGAAGGCUUAUGGGAAGAAGAUUAAUUUUGACAAGUCAGGAAUGGUUUUUAGCAAAAAUCAGACUUUACUAAGUGGAUCAGACUUCCUGUUACUAAUAAUAUCCAUAAUUAUCUAGGCAGGCCUAUUCACGUACUCCUUCUGUUAGCAGUCCCAGACUGUUUAUAAAAUGAAUGUGCUUCCUUGAAAUGGGCCAUAUUAUAGCAAGUGCAUAUGAUCGGGUGUGUAUCGAUCUCACAAAAUAUGGUUUUUCUGAGACAUAUUUUCCACUUCGGAGUGGGUCACCUAAAGAUCCUUCCGGACGCAUCAUGUGUAUAGGAUGACUUUCAAAACUGCUACAUUUUGUUGAGGCUUAUUUGAUACUGGGGUGUCCUAUACCAAGUACAUCCUUGGAGUGCACGACCCAUUCCGCAAAAGAGGUAGAAACUUGACCGGAUCAAUUUUUGGAAAGGAUGGAAGAGUUCACCAAAUUGAGAGAGCUUAAAAGAGAAUCAAAAAAGAAAAGGUCGAAGGAGAAACAAGUUGUAGAUUUAUGCGAUGAUGCAUCUUUUGAUGCAUUUUAAAUUGUAAUCAAUACACUUUUUGAAAGUAUUAUCGUCAACGAUGUAAUUUUGAUAUGAUGUAAUACAUAAGUAAUAUAUA